AUGGCAAUCACAAAUGAGUCUAUCUGGGCCGCCAGCCCCUCCACUGUGAGGGGCCAAGCCACCCAGCUAUCGUCGGAUGCUAAAGGCGAGCGCCUCGCAUAUGCAUCAAAUAAAUCGAUCUUCCUUCGCUCAAUCGAUGAGCCCGCUCUAGCGCGGCAAUACACCGAGCAUAAGGUGCAGACUACAGUCGCGCGCUUUGCACCCUCUGGAUUCUAUGUUGCUAGCGGAGAUGCUAGUGGUAUAGUCAGAGUUUGGGAUUGUAUGGGUGAUGGGAUCACCAAGGGCGAAUAUAGCAUUGUCAAUGGCCGAAUCAACGAUCUCGCCUGGGACGGUGAUUCACAGCGUAUUAUCGCCGUCGGUGAUGGAAAACAAAGAUACGGCCACUGUAUCACUUGGGAUAGCGGAAAUACCGUGGGCGAAAUUCGCGGACAUACUCAGCAGAUUAAUGCUGUUUCGAUUCGCCAACAGCGGCCACUGCGUGCCGCUGCCGCCGGUGACGAUAAGAAUGUGGUUUUCUACCAUGGAGCGCCCUUCAAGUUUAACACUGGAAUCCGCGACAAGCAUACCAAUUAUAUUUAUGGUGUUGGCUUCAGCCCCGACGGCUCAACAUUGGUCAGUGCUGGCGCUGACAGGAGGAUUUGGUUAUAUGAUGGUAAGACCGGUGAGGCCAAGGGCCAGAUCGGAGAAGGCGAACACAAAGGAAGCAUUUUCGCGGUAUCAUGGUCGAAGGAUUCGCGUAAAUUUGUUACUGCAAGUGCCGAUAAGACCGUCAAAAUUUGGGAUGCAGAAGCAGGCAAAGUCACCCAGAGCUGGAACAUUGGCGGAGAAGGAAAUUCAAAUGUCCAAGAUCAGCAAGUCGGUGUGGUUUGGCCUCCAGGAAGGAGUGAUGGUCUCCUUAUCAGUUUGUCGUUGAGCGGCGAUCUUAACUAUCUUGUUGAAGGGACGCCUAACCCGAGGCAAGUUAUUCAGGGCCAUCAGAAGAAUAUUACGUCUUUGACUACAUUUGGGUCGGGCAGUGAAUGUGAAACACUCUGGACUGGAAGCUUCGAUGGCAGGGUAUGCGGCUGGGAUGUCCCUACAGGAACAGCGGAGGAGAUCGAAGGAGAUCGUUCCUCGUCGUAUGUCGCAGGCCUGGUACCAACACAAGAAGGCGCUGGGAGAAUCUACAGCGUUGCUUGGGAUGACACCAUUCGCUCCAUAGACAUCGGUGCCAAAACGUAUACAGGGAGCUCUUCCAAGCUAUCUGGACAGCCCAAAGGGAUCGCCGCCGGGGAUGCGAACGUUUUAGUGGCAACAUCCGAAAGUGUUGAGAUUCACAAGGAUGGACAGAAACUGGGCGAUUUCAAGGCGAGGUUUUCCGUUACUGCUGUGGCAGCUCAUGGCAGCGUGGCGGCAGUUGGGGGAGAUGAUUCCACUAUUCAGUUUUGCGACAUUUCUGGGUCUAACCUGACUCCGAAGCGAGAUAUCAAGGCAUCGCGCGAUGCGGUAUCAUAUCUGGCAUUCUCGCCUGAUGGCUCUAACUUAGCUGUCGGUGAUUCACGGGGCCGUGUGCUUGUAUACAAAGUUGCCGAUGGCAGUUUGGUGAAUGACCGCUGGACGGCACACACGGCUCGGAUCACCUCCAUUGCAUGGAACAACAACGGAAACCACAUCGUUAGUGGGGCGCUGGACACCAACGUCUUUGUUUGGAGCUUGGCCACUCCGGGUGACUGGCUGCAGGUGUCCAACGCUCAUAAAGAGGGUGUCAACGGUGUCGCUUGGAUUGCUGGUGGUUCCAAGAUUGCUUCUGUUGGAGCUGAUGCUGCGGUUAAGGUAUGGCAGAUUGAGGGAUUGAAAUAG